AUGAAAAUGGGUGCAAUACCAUAUUAUCAUCUUCUUCAUGAACAUCCGAAAUCUUUACAUCGUUUUUAUUCUUCAUCAUCAACAUUUACGUAUGAUAAUCCAAUUCAAACUAUUACUGGUACAGAAGCAAUUGCUAAAUGUAUUGAAGAAUUAUCUUUAAAACAACGUCAUGUAAAAAUUCGUCAAGUUGAUUGUCAUUCAACUUUUGGUUCAUCUGUUGUUGUUCAAGUUUGUGGAGAAAUAUCUUCUACCUCAAUCAAUAAUCUUCAAAGUCAACCAUUUAUGAAACAUUUUGUUCAAACAUUUGUUUUAACAUCAGCAGAUAAUUUCGAACAAAAAUAUUAUGUACACAAUGAUAUUCUUCGUUAUUAA